AUGAUUUGCUAUGUCACUGCUUGUGCGUCAGGAUGCUUCUUCGAAGAAAACAAAUACGUCAUUGCGAUUGCCACUGGAUCCGCUAUCAAGUUUUACACUUUCGGUGGGCAGGACCUCAUCCCGUUGCUCACCGCAUCCGCUAGAGAGAGAAUCAAGGCUAUUCGGUUCUUGGACAAUGGACGCCCUGGACCUCAGAGUUUGGUCGCAAUGACUGUCUUUGGCGAUGUUUAUGUCUUCUCCUAUGAUGACGGCGAAGUCAUCACAGACACGUUAUACACGAACCCUGAGCCUCGCCCUCUCCUCGAAACCUAUUUCCUGGAAUCUAACAACAUGCAGAUUGUUCUUGGAUGCAGUACGGGCCAAUUGAGAUUGUGGACGUACGGAGCUGACGAAAAUAACGCAUAUAUGGAGCACUCAACCGACAACGACAUUUGUGACGUUUGUCUUCCCUGCCAAAAUCAACCAGUGGUGUUCAAAUGCAGCGAUAACAACACAACAUGGUUUCGCUUGUUUAUCACACCAGGAAUCGCUCAAGUCCUCGCAUAUGGCAACUUUGAUGGAACAAUCUAUGGAACUCUUGCAAUUCCUACUCCGAUCUUCUCAAUGUGCCUUUUCACCACGCACGGUAUGGUGUUUCACACGCUUGAUACACGCCACUUGUCUCAUCAUGCUGCUCAGGAAAAUCCUUUCACCAUGGGUGCAGUCACGAAAGAUACUCAACAUUUCACUCGAGUUUUUGGGUCCUCGGAGGAUGGUGAUUUGAGCUUCCUUGAUUUGCAUAAGAACAACGUCGGGCACAGUACCACAUUUAUCUCUCGCGGCACGCAGCCAUCAGCAAUGUCAUAUAUUGUAUUCAAAAGAGAGACCGAAAAUGAACCAAAGGAGUAUAUCUUCAUUGGAAGCGACGUCAAUGAUUCACAACUGUUUCUGAUUGAACGAGAUAUGAUUUAUACGGUCGUGGCCACGCUUGAAAAUCUCGGUCCGAUUCGUGACAUCGUCGAGCGACGAACCCGAACUGUUCAAGAAAUAGUCACAAGUUCCGGAGAGGGAAAAGAGGGAACUCUCCGUUUUAUUUCUCCUCAGCUCAAGAUGGAGCUCAAGAUGGAAAGAUUUGUGGCGACGUCCAGUGCGUCCAGGUGCUUUGCGAUCAAAACUCCGAACUCCACAAGCCACUCGAUUCUCAUCUGCUCGACUACAUCCGGGACACGGAUCUUCCGAGUCUCGGAAAGUGCUGAAAUCGAUGAAAUUCAACAACACGCAUUCGACGUGAACAAAACCCUGGCUGCGUCGAAUAUUUGCAAUUCUCAACACACCUGCCAAGUAACCGAUAGUUUUCUGCGGAUUCUCCAAUAUAACACGGAAAGUGAUUCAUGGACAGUGCUACUCAACCAAAAUCUACAGGAUUUACUAGGAUCUGUAGGCCAUCCAUUCAGGGAAUCGCUCAUUGAUCCAAAUACCGGAACGAUUGUCAUCUCUCAACACUACACCAUUCAUACGAUGCGCAUAGUCAUCGUAAACGGAAGAGCUUCAAUCGUGGAUGUCUGCAGAAAAGAUGUUAACGAUGAGAUCACUUGCAUUGCUCUCAUUGACCAAUCCAACUCUCCAGGAUCUGAACAUAUCUGCUCAAAAUAUUUUGUGAUUGGAAUCGGGGGGACUGCACCGUCCGUGUUCCGCUUGACGUUGGAUUUAACAGAAUUGCACCUCAUCGUUCUCCUUGAGUAUGAACCAUUCUCAAUUCUGACUCCUCCAAAGAAAGAACCAUCUGGGGUUUCACCAAUGCGACUGUGUAAGGUUGACAGUGUAUACGGGUUUACCAUUGCUUGCUCGGAGAGGUCGAUAGUGAUUAGAAAAUGUGCUCUCGAGGAGACUAUUCUCAAGAUUGGUUACUGUAGUCGAUCGGACGCUUUAGUAGCUGUUUGCCAACGUCCGGCUCAUCAGUUGGAAUCAAUCCCGCGAACGCUUCUCAACCACCGGAUCAGACGCGACGUGAUCGGUAUGAGAUACGCCGAAUACAACCCACAACCCAUCACAACUCUUACACUAAUUGAUGCACGCACCCGAGUACCGAUAGACGCUCAGCAGAUCCUUUCGUCUGAAAAGUACCUUGGGAUGGUGACCGGUGUGACUGGACAAAUGGAUACAAUUGCCAUUGUGACACUGGAAAAUGUGCCAGAAGCUCCGUUCAAGGUGCGGCUCUGGAUUGGACAUGCGGCAAGACUAGAAGGAGGUGGACCUCAGAUGAGCGCAUUCAUAGGAACGCCAAUCGGUGAAAUUACCAACGAAAUCCCAAAGUGUUCCAUGAGGAUGCCUCAUAAUCAAAUUUUGAUACAUCUGGAUGAGCAAGUUCUGACUGUGAUGCUCGAUGAGAAUGGAAUCCAAUUCGGCAACUCUGUGCCACACGAAACACCACAACCUGAAAUGAUUCCAACAAUGUUCGUCACCUGCCAGGACACUACUCUACAUUUGUCGCAUUUUAAUUUCUCCGGCCCAUUCCAACGACACCUCCGCCAAGGCCUCCCACAAGAGCCCUUCUUCCUCUCCUCCAAGCCAACGUGUUUCACGGAAGCACGCGUUGCCGCAAUCAUGCCCUUGCUAUCAGCGGAACCAAUACUGUUUGGCACAGAGACAGGGUCCAUUGGAUGGAUUCUCAAAUUCAGCCCAAUUUGGUCGUCAAUCGUGAGCGAGUAUGAGCGCUGUAUCGACACGUAUAUCCCAAGAGUCCAUGUUGAGGGCGCGGAGUACGUCAGCCAAGCGGUAUUCGACAUGUUCGAGUCCGCGCAUGGUAAUAUGAGAAUGAGAGUGAUGACAGAGUUAAACACUGACGGUUGGCAAGAGAAUACUGGAAAGACCCUCCAACAAAUCGUUGAUUCCAUCAGACGAAUGUUCGUGGUGUUGGAACUUGAGUAA